AUGUUGUCCUCGCCUUGCUUGCCGCUACGUGGCUCACUAUCUUCCUCAACAUCAUCUUCAAGUGCUUUCCUGUCGACCGCAUUUGGGAUAUGGAUAACCCGGACCGGGCAUGUUCCAAUAAACAGACCCGGGUCAAUUACUGGAUCACCAUUUUGUGUACGUUGUCGCAGCCUACACACUCUUUCACAUAAGAAACCCUCACUAACGUCAAUUCCACCAACAACAGUCAACAUCUUCAGUGAUGUAAUCAUCAUCUGUCUCCCAAUCUCCCAAGUCCUCCGAAUCCGCAUGCCUUUCAAACAAAAGCUCGGUGUUAUGUCCAUCUUCCUCUUGGGUAUCCUCGUCGUCAUCACAAGCAUAAUCCGCGCAAUCUUCGCCUGGCAAAACAAACAAAUGAUAACCUGCACGGUCUCAAUGAUCGAAACCGCAAUCGCCAUAAUCGCCAACUCCCUCCCCGUCCUCCGGACCCUUUUUUUUGGUUCGAAGUCUCGCAGCGGGACCUACUACAACAACAGCAGCCGAGCAUACGAGCUCUCCCACUCCAACGGUCCAGCGAAACAGGGACCCCUGAAUAAGGUGACGGCGUCGGUGGCCUCGAACGUCGUUACGGAUGGCCAUGGUACGCCGACGGGGCUGUCGAGACAUGAUUCUGAGGAUGAGUUGGUCAAGGAUGCGGCUUGUCCGCCGGUGGAUGAUCAUGCGGGGAUUUCGGUUACGACGGAGUAUCAUGUUUUUCAUGGGAGGUAUUCUAGUCCUAGUGUUAAUGGGAGGUAG